AUGAAUCUCAAGCCGCCGGAGGCUUGGUCGGUCUCCCCGACGGUGAAGUCGUCGGGCUCCAGCAGCUCGAUCGUCACGGCGGAGAAGGCUUUCUCCUUCAUAUCCAAGGGGUGGCGCGAGGUGCGCUCCUCCGCGGACGCUGAUCUCCAGCUGCUCAAGAACCGGGCCAACUCCUUUAAGAACCUAGCCGACAGGGAGCUCGAGAAUUUCCUCAACUCCGCCUCCAAAUCGACCUUCAGCGUGCCCUCGAUUACCGCCUCCGCCACUCUCAACCCGGCUCCUUAUGCCGAAAUCGACUUCGUGAAGAAGCUUCAGCCUAAACUGUCUGAAAUCAGAAGGGUGUACUCGUCGCCGGAUUUCAACUUCUACCGGCGGCCGCAGAUUAAGAUCGAUUUGUCAGCGAUUAAGAACGCUAUUGUUGCGGAGGUGGGGGAGGAUGAUGUGGAGGAUGAGAGAGAAAACUUCAGGAAGUGGAGAGCAAAGUUCAAGGAGAGGGAGAGGGAGAGGGAGGAGGGGCAAUUUGGAGAAUUUUGGGAACCGAUGAAGACGUUGAAGUCCAGGCUGAGGGAAUUAGAGCACAAGAGUUCCAGUGAGAUUUUUGAGGGGAUUAGGAAUAGUGAGUUUGUCGAAAAAUUCAAAUCAAGCCUGAAAACACUUUGCAAGGAUCCAAAUGAGUCAAAGGAAGUUCCGCCCCUCGAUGUACCAGAACUGCUGGCAUCUUUAGUAAGACAGUCCAGCCCCUUACUGGAUCAACUCGGCAUUAGCAGAGGAAUAUCGGACAAGAUAGUAGAAAGCUUGUGCAGUAAGCGUAAGAAUCAGCUUGUGUUACGCUCUUUACCUGCGGGAGAGUCAUCUAUGAUUGAAAGUGAGAACAUCAAUGAUGAGUUGGAUUUAAGGGUAGCCAGUGUUCUCCAGAGUACGGGGCAUUGUUAUGAAGGUGGUUUUUGGAAUGACGUUGGGAAACAUGGCAUGUCUGAGAGAAAGAGGCAUGUGGCUAUUGUCACCACUGCCAGCCUUCCUUGGAUGACUGGGACAGCUGUAAAUCCUUUGUUUAGAGCAGCAUAUUUGGCGAAUUCCGCUAAGCAGAAUGUGACUCUCUUGGUUCCAUGGCUUUGUAGAUCUGAUCAGGAGCUUGUGUAUCCCAAUAAUGUCACUUUUAGUUCGCCUGAGGAGCAGGAAAGUUAUAUACGCAGUUGGCUUGAGGAGAGGAUUGGAUUCAAGGCUGACUUCAAGAUAUCAUUCUACCCAGGAAAGUUCUCGAAAGCAAGGCGCAGUAUUAUACCUGCGGGGGAUACUUCUCAGUUCAUCUCCUCAAAGGAUGCUGACAUUGCAAUCCUAGAAGAACCAGAACAUUUGAACUGGUACCACCAUGGUAAACGUUGGACUGAUAAAUUCAACCAUGUAGUCGGUGUUGUUCAUACGAAUUACUUGGAAUACAUCAAGAGGGAGAAGAAUGGUGCCCUUCAAGCUUUUCUAGUCAAACACAUAAACAAUUGGGUGGUCAGAGCAUACUGUCACAAGGUCCUUCGGCUAUCUGCUGCUACUCAAGAUUUACCUAAAUCCGUGAUUUGCAAUGUUCAUGGGGUGAACCCCAAGUUCUUGAAAAUUGGUGAAAUAGUAGCUUCCGAAAAAGAGCGCGGGGAGAAAACAUUUUCAAAGGGGGCAUAUUUCUUAGGCAAAAUGGUGUGGGCAAAAGGGUAUAAAGAGUUGAUAGAUUUAUUAUCAAAGCACAAGAAAGACCUGGAUGGAUUCAACUUGGACGUGUAUGGCAAUGGAGAGGAUGCUCAGGAAGUUCAGAGCACUGCUAAAAGACUUAAUUUGAAUCUCAACUUCAUGAAAGGCAGAGAUCACGCAGAUGAUUCCUUACAGGGGUAUGUUCCCUUUACAACAUAA